AUUAAAACUACCUUCACUGACCUGCUACGUUUCAAAAUUCUUUAAUACUUUGGCUAUUGAUUUCUACGUUUUUACGUCUUUAGAAAUUGUAUCCAAAGAAUAAACUUUUAAUAUUUUGAAUUAGAGGAUUCCUUUCGCGGAUUUGUGUUGUUUUGCUAAAUAAGUGCUGCGGCGAUGACCACCUACGAGGAGUUCAUCCAGCAAAACGAGGACCGCGAUGGGGUGCGUCUAACGUGGAAUGUUUGGCCCUCUAGUCGCAUUGACGCCAGUCGACUGGUGGUGCCCCUCGCUUGUCUUUACCAACCGCUAAAGGAGCGCCCUGAUCUGCCGCCCAUCCAAUAUGAGCCUGUCCUCUGCACCCGGAGCAACUGCAGAGCCAUCUUGAACCCCCUGUGCCAGGUUGACUACCGGGCCAAGUUGUGGGUGUGUAACUUCUGUUUCCAGCGCAACCCGUUCCCCCCUCAGUAUGCGGCCAUAUCGGAGCAGCACCAGCCGGCGGAAUUGAUUCCGGGAUUCAGUACCAUUGAGUACACUAUUACCCGGGCUCCCACUAUGCCGCCAGUAUUUAUUUUCCUGGUAGACACUUGUAUGGACGAGGAGGAGCUGGAUGCCCUGAAGGACUCACUGCAAAUGUCGCUGAGUCUGCUGCCACCCAACGCACUUGUGGGCCUUAUAACUUUCGGCAAGAUGAUACAAGUGCACGAGCUGGGCGCCGAAGGCUGUUCUAAGAGCUAUGUGUUCCGGGGCACCAAGGAUCUGACCGCCAAGCAGGUUCAGGACAUGCUCGGAAUCGGGCGCGGAGCGGCUCCGGGGCCGCAGCAACAGCAGCAGCUGCCUGGUCAGCCUGCUGGAGCGGCGGCCCCCGUGCCGCCCGCACAUCGCUUUCUGCAGCCGAUCGGCCAGUGCGACGCAGCGCUGGGCGAUCUGCUCAGCGAACUGCAGCGCGACCCAUGGCCGGUGCCGCAGGGCAAGCGCUACCUGCGCUCCACGGGCGCCGCUCUGUCCAUUGCGGUGGGUUUGCUGGAGUGCACCUACCCGAAUACGGGAGGACGCAUCAUGACGUUCGUGGGUGGCCCUUGCUCCCAGGGCCCCGGCCAGGUGGUCGACGACGAGCUGAAGCACCCGAUCCGAUCGCAUCACGACAUCCACAAGGACAACGUUCGGUUUAUGAAGAAAGCUAUCAAGCACUAUGAUGCUUUGGCCUUGAGGGCGGCCACCAAUGGGCAUAGUGUUGACAUAUACUCGUGUGCCCUGGAUCAAACCGGCCUGCUAGAGAUGAAGCAGCUGUGCAACUCAACUGGAGGACACAUGGUCAUGGGUGAUUCGUUCAACUCGUCGCUCUUUAAGCAGACAUUCCAGCGCGUGUUUGCACGUGACGGUCGCAACGAUUUGAAAAUGGCCUUCAAUGCCACGCUGGAGGUGAAGUGCUCGCGCGAGCUAAAGAUCUCCGGUGGGAUCGGCUCGUGUGUGUCGCUGAAUGUGAAGAGCCCGUCGGUGUCGGAUGUGGAGAUCGGCAUGGGCAACACGGUGCAGUGGAAGCUGUGCACGCUGAACCCCAGCUCCACGGUGGCGUACUUCUUUGAAGUGGUCAACCAGCAUGCAGCCCCCAUUCCGCAAGGCGGGCGCGGCUGCAUACAGUUUAUUACGCAGUACCAGCACCCAAGUGGACAGCGGCGAAUCCGGGUCACCACACUGGCUAGAAAUUGGGCGGAUGCCACCUCGAACGUGCACCACAUCAGCGCCGGCUUUGACCAGGAGGCUGCCGCCGUGCUGAUGGCCCGUAUGGUGGUCUAUCGUGCGGAGACGGACGAAGGACCUGACAUUCUGCGCUGGGUCGAUCGUCAGUUAAUUCGCCUGUGCCAAAAGUUCGGCGAGUACUCGAAGGACGAUCCCAACAGCUUCCGGCUGUCGCAGAACUUUAGCCUGUUCCCGCAAUUCAUGUACCACCUCCGCCGCUCGCAGUUCCUGCAGGUCUUUAACAACUCGCCUGACGAGACCACAUUCUACCGACACAUGCUGAUGCGCGAGGACCUCACCCAAUCGCUCAUCAUGAUUCAGCCAAUUCUCUACAGCUACUCCUUCAACGGCCCGCCAGAGCCGGUUCUCCUGGAUACGGCUUCAAUCCAGGCGGAUCGCAUUCUGCUGAUGGAUACCUUCUUCCAGAUCCUGAUCUAUCACGGCGAGACAAUCGCCCAGUGGAGAGCCCUCAAAUACCAGGACAUGCCUGAAUACGAAAACUUCAAGCAGCUGCUUCAAGCGCCGGUGGACGAUGCCCAGGAAAUUCUCCAGACGCGCUUCCCCAUGCCCCGCUACAUCGACACGGAACACGGUGGAUCACAGGCACGCUUCCUGCUCUCCAAGGUCAACCCUUCGCAGACGCACAACAACAUGUACGCCUACGGACAGCCGCCUAUUGGUCAAGUCACGGACGGCGGUGCUCCAGUGCUCACAGAUGAUGUCUCGCUGCAGCUGUUCAUGGAGCAUCUCAAGAAGCUGGCCGUGUCCACCACUACAUAAAUUGAUUCAGGCCCUUUCUUACCGGAUGGCGCUGUCCCGCGAAAUCCUGGAGCAUUCGGCCCAGGCAAUGCAAUUACAGAUAUAUAUACCCACUUAUUCCACUCGAUCGUCUGAAAACACAAUAAACUAUUCAAAUUAUGUUCAACAAUUUA